AUGGUGAAAGAAGGUACAGUAUUGGGCCAUCGCAUCUUGGAGAAGGGGAUAGAGGUUGAUCGAGCAAAAGUUGAAUUCAUAGAGAUAGUUCCGCCACCCAUCAUUGUAAAAGGUGUGAGAUGUUUUUUCGGACAUCUGGGCUUCUAUCAGAGGUUUAUCAAAGAUAUCUUAAAAAUUACACAUCCACUUUGCAAAUUACUUGAGAAGGAGUGUAAAUUCUAUUUUGAUGAAUGUUGUCUGAAGGCACUUGGAGAGUUGAAGGAGAAGUUGGUCUCUACAGUAGAAAUUAUUUCCCCAGAUUGGAUUAAGCCAUUUGAUGAUAAAGUAGGGUUGCUCUUGUUGUUGAAAGGGAUAUUGGAGAAAUAUGGGGUUCGCCACAAUGUGGCCACUCUGUACCAUCCACAGACUAGUGGACAAGUUGAGGUGUCCAAUCGACAGAUCAAGCAAACACUGUUGAAAUCGGUAAAUGCUAAUAUAACAGAUUGGUCAAAGAGGCUUGAUGAUGCUCUUUGGGCCUACCAGAAUGUACAGAUUGCUCCCAAACAAGACAUCAUCUAUUCCAGAGGCAGGUCAAAGUCUGUGGCACCGUCCCAUCGGAUGAUUGGCAUGUAUGCCGAUGAGCGGGAUCCUCAAUACAUGUUCCCAGGAACUCGGACCCCUAAACCAGAUGCAAGAGCCACUCAGGGAACCCUCAACAAGGUGGCUUCCAGCGUAGUCACUGCCUCCAAGUCUGGUGAGGAGCGCACACUGACCAGCACACCGUCUUGGUUUGCCUCAAUUUCUAAAAGAGCAUCUGGAUCCAAAGCGGCAUCAAGUUAA